UCCACGUUAUAUCUUAGUUCGAACUCCAUUAUUCCCUCAGCUUCAAUAUAAACGAUGUUCAACUAUUUUUUAAUUUUAAUUUACAAAUUUCCAUGCAAAUUUUUAAAAAAUAUUUAGCUUUUCUAACUAUUUAUAUUCUGCAAUGUUAUUUUUAUUGAUUGAAUUUAUUUUAGUUAAUGAUGUUUUAAUGUAAAUGAGGCAAAUUAAAUAAAAAUUUGUGCUUUUAACCAAUGUGCCAAAACCUCAAACACAAAUAAAAUAGUAUGAAGUAAUUAUUAGUUUCAUAAGUAUUUCAAUUAAAUGUUGCCAUGAAGUAAAACAAACGUCUAAAUUGUUUAGAGCCCGUGACAGAUGAACAAAUAUUUAAUGUAAAAAAAAAAGCAAAGGAAACUUUGAAAAAAAAAAGCAAAAGAAACCAAAUUAAAUAAAAUAAAUCGGAUUUGUUAUUUGACUUACGUCGUAAAGUCGGUUACAAAUAAGAAACACCACCAAGAAAAAAAGGAAAAAAGAAACAGCCACGAGAAGCAGAAAGCGUAACAGAGAAGAAGAAGAAGUAGUAGAGAGAAAGAGUACUACGAUGAAAACAGAUGAUAAAAAGGAGAAGCCAGCAAUACCCAUGUUAGCAUCCGAAGCGCCCAAGCCAAACGCAGCCAUGGAAACGCAGUCCACAAACGGCGGCGGCGGUACAAAAGGGAAGAAACGCAACCGCAAAAUCUGCAUCUGCGUCACACUCCUCAUCCUCCUCCUCAUCUUCGUAGUCCUCCUCGUCUUAGGCCUCACUCUCUUCAAACCCAAACGCCCCAUCACCACCAUCGACUCCGUCGCCGUGGACCGUCUCCAAGCCUCCGUCGACGUCCUGAAUCUCAAGGUCGUCCUAAACCUAACGCUCAGCGUCGAUCUCUCCUUGAAAAACCCUAACCGCGUCGGCUUCAGCUUCGGCAACUCGUCGGCGUUGCUUAACUACGGCGGGAAGUUGAUCGGAGAGGCGCCGCUUCCGGCGAGUCGAGUCGGGCCGGAGAAUACGCUGCCUAUGAACAUAACGCUGACGUUGAUGGCGGAUCGGUUACUCACCGACACGCAGAUUAUUAAUGACGUCAUGUCGGGGUCUAUACCUAUCAACACUUUCGUUAAAGUCGCCGGGAAAGUAAGUGUUCUUAAGAUUUUUAAGAUUAAAGUUCAGUCGUCUUCGUCGUGUGAUAUUGUCAUCUCUGUUGCGAAUCGUAACGUUACGAGUCAACACUGUAAGUAUUCGACUAAGCUGUGAUCGUUGUCUGAAGGUUUUAGUUUAUAGAUCUGCGUUGCUUUUGUCUUCUUGUUGUCUUGAUGGGUUUUGUUUUUGAAAUCCUUUUAUCUGUGUAUUAUAUGGUUUGAAACAAAAAAUAAAUUCAAAAGACAUUGGUUUGUUUUUUUUCA